AUGAGCGCCCACCGCGUCGCUUCCGCCACGCGGCUAGCUCUCCGCAGCGCCAGCCCCUCGGUCUUCCGAUGCGCCUCCGAGAACACACUUUCCAGGACAGCAACAGCGACAGCGACAGCGACAGCGACAGUAAAAAACAGAACAGCACGGCGAUGCUACGGCACUCCUGCGUACCAGCAGUACUCGCUCUACCCGAACAACGCGCCACCGCCGCCACGCGCCGAGGCCAAGGAGCCGCUGCCCGUCGUGAACGAGACGCGGCCUCCGAAGACGUCAUCAGCAGCGGGCAUCGAGGCGAGCACGACGCUCGAAGCCGAGCAGCCUGCCACCACAGCCACCACAUCCCCGGCGGCAACGCCAGCAGCAGCAACAGCAGCAGCAGCAUCACCCCCCAAGACGGCGCGCCCGCGUCCCAAGCUCCGCGCGCGCAAGGCGGCGAUGAAGCUGACGGCGGCGGCGGUCGAGCAGCUGCAGGCGAUGCUCGAGGGCCCGGACCCCAAGCUCAUCAAGGUCGGGGUGCGCAACCGCGGGUGCAGCGGGCUGGCGUACCACCUCGAGUGGGUGGACAAGGCGGGCAGCUUUGACGAGGAGGUGGUGCAGGACGGCGUCAAGGUGCUCAUUGACAGCAAGGCGCUGUUCAGCAUCAUUGGCAGCGAGAUGGACUGGGUCGAAGACAAGCUGAGCCAGCGGUUUGUGUUUAAGAAUCCCAACAUUAAGGAGGAAUGCGGCUGCGGCGAGUCAUUUAUGGUGUGA